GAAGGGAGAGAGGAAGGGAGAGAGAGAGAGAGAGCGAGAGAGAGAGAGAGAGAGAGAGAGAGGGAGAGAGAGGAGGACAGAGAGGAAGGGAGAGAGAGAGGAAGACAGAGAGAGAGGAAGGGAGAGAAAGCGUCAGAGAGAAGAGGGAAACCGAGACAGAGAGUGGAGGCUGAGCGCAUCUCUCCAUUGAUCUUGAACCGAUCAAGGACACUGACCUGUUGUCUGAUACACCGGCCAAUCAAAACCAGGGUUACAGUGGCAGUCAUGUCAGGGAUGCACCGUUCAACCAAUCAGAGCUGGGAUUCUACACAUUUUGGUGUUCCGUUGCACAGAUGAACCAAUCACACGCAGGUGUCUCACUUUGCAUCCCACAGAACCUACGGAACCCGAAUCCAACGAACCAAUCAAAUACAGGAUUGCUGGUCCCAGAACAAAUCCGGAGGAUGGCGAGGGUUCAUCGCUGUUUCCAAGCAUCCAAUCGGACUGCAGAUUACUAACCUCACCACCUCACUGGAUUACACAUUUGGGGAUUUUAGAGGAACCAGGAUUCCAGCCAAUCAGAGCUUGGGGAGGACUGAACCGUUGGCGCGUGGUGAUUGGCUGCUGAGUCCGAUGGGGGCGUGACCCGUGGUUGUGGCCCGGUCCUAUCCUGGCUGGUCUGACCCCUAACCUCUAACCCUUGACCUGUAACCCCAGACCCCUCUGGUCCUGGCUCUCCAGCUGCUGUGCUGCUUGGGUUCUGGUCCCGUCCGCACCGGGGGAGGGGCCAAAAAGAACAAUCAGCCAAUCACUAUGAAAAAGAGUCACAGCGUGCAGCGUCUGUCGCUGGCCGGAGAAGAGGAGGAUAAUGACACUGAUUCGUCAGGCUGUGCUGAGAAGGCGGAGUCGGGGCUCUACAGCAGCUCCUAUACGUCAGGAGCCACUCUGGGGGCGGAGCUACGCAUGGGGAGGAGCAGGAGGCUGGCCUCCAGUUUGCAGGUUCCGUGUUGGCUCCGCCCCCGAGACAGGACACGCUCACCUGAGAUCCUGAGUAACAUGCCACGCCCCACUUCACUGCCCCUCUGCAUCCCACCACGCAUUGCCAUCACACCUGCAGACGCAGACAGUGAGCUGGAGAACGGGGUGUCUCCGGGCCAUACCCCUCUUGGCUCCCAGAGUCCCAGCCUGACCCUGCACCCAUCCUUCCCCCAGGGGGGCCGACGAGAGUCCUUCCUCUACCGGUCAGACUCUGACUACGACAUGUCCCCAAAAAACUCAGGCUCACGCAAUUCUAUCGCCAGCGAAGGGCAUGCAGGAGAAGACUUCAUUGUUACCCCCUUUGCUCAGGUGUUGGCCAGCCUGCGCUCGGUACGGAGCAACUUCACCCUCCUCGCCAACGUCUCCAUGCCAACCGUCAAGAGGUCUCCACUGGGCGGUGUAGCGCACCACAACCCCAGAGCAGCUCUAUCAGAUCAACAGUAUGAGCAGCUGGCUACAGACACUCUGGAGGAGCUGGACUGGUGUCUGGACCAGCUAGAGACCAUCCAGACUCACCGCUCUGUCAGCGAUAUGGCCUCCAACAAGUUUAAGAGAAUGUUAAACAGGGAGCUGUCUCACCUAUCAGAGAUGAGUCGUUCGGGUAACCAGGUGUCUGAGUACAUCUCCAGCACCUUCAUGGACCAGCCCAACGAGGUGGAGCUCCCGUCCCCUCGUCUAAAGGAGAAGUCUAUGAGUCAGAUUAGCGGAGUGAGGAAUCUGUCCCACAGCUCCACUCUGUCCUCCUCUUCUGUCCCGCGCUUUGGAGUCAACACUGAACAGGAGGACCAGCUAGCCAGGGAGCUAGAGGACCUGGACAAGUGGAGUUUCAACAUCUUCAGAGUGUCAGAGUUCUCUAACAGCAGGCCUCUCAGCUGCAUCAUGUACGCCAUCUUCCAGGAACGUGAUCUCCUAAAGACGUUCCGUAUCCCCGUCGACACCUUCGUGACCUACGUGAUGACCCUGGAAGACCAUUACCAUGGCAACGUGGCCUACCACAACAGCCUGCACGCCGCCGACGUCUGCCAGUCCACACAUGUCCUCCUCUCCACACCCGCACUAGACGCUGUGUUUACAGACCUGGAGAUCCUAGCUGCUCUGUUUGCUGCAGCCAUCCAUGAUGUGGACCACCCCGGAGUGUCUAACCAGUUCCUCAUCAACACCAACUCUGAGCUGGCUCUCAUGUACAAUGAUGAGUCAGUGUUAGAGAACCAUCACUUGGCUGUUGGCUUCAAGCUGCUCCACCUGGAAAACUGCGACAUCUUCCAGAACCUGACCAAAAGACAGCGACAGAGCCUCCGCAAGCUGGUCAUCGAUAUGGUAUUAGCUACAGACAUGUCCAAACACAUGACUCUACUAGCUGAUCUGAAGACCAUGGUGGAGACUAAGAAGGUGACCAGUUCAGGAGUGCUGCUGUUGGACCACUAUACAGAACGCAUACAGGUCCUGAGGAACAUGGUUCACUGCGCAGACCUCAGCAACCCCACCAAGCCACUGGGUGUGUAUCGCCAGUGGACUGAACGCAUCAUGGAGGAGUUCUCCAGACAGGGAGACAAGGAGAGAGACAAGGGCUUGGAGAUCAGCCCCAUGUGUGACAAACACACUGCCUCGGUGGAGAAGAGCCAGGUGGGUUUCAUAGACUACAUAGUCCACCCUCUGUGGGAGACGUGGGGUGACCUGGUCCACCCUGAUGCCCAGGACCUGCUGGACACGUUGGAGGAGAACAGAGACUGGUACCAGUCCACCAUGCCUCAGAGCCCCUCUCCUCCCUACGACAAACACCUGCUCACAGACCGCUUCCAGUUUGAGCUGGCACUGGAAGAUGUGGAGCUCAACCACAACCACAUACAACAACCCAACGGGUCCAACCACACGGUCAGACAGGAGAACGGAAACCAGGACCAUUCAAAGGAGGACCGUGUUGAAGAAGGGGAGAAGGACCAUGUUGAAGAGGAGAAGGACCAUGUUGAAGAGGUGGAGGAGAAUCAUGUUGAAGAGGAGGACCAUGUUGAAGAGGUGGAGGAGAACCAUGUUGAAGAGGAAGAGGAGGAGAACCAUGUUGAAGAGGAGAAGGACCAUGUUGAAGAGGUGGAGGAGAACCAUGUUGAAGAGGAGGACCAUGUUGAAGAGGAGAAGGAGGAGAACCAUGUUGAAGAGGAGGAGGAGGAGAACCAUGUUGAAGAACAGGAGAAGGACCAUGUUGAAGAAGAGGAGAAGGACCAUGUUGAAGAGGUGAAGGAGAACCAUGUUGAAGAGGUGGAGGAGAAGGGCCAUGUUGAAGAGGAGAACCAUGUUGAAGAGGAGGAGGACCAUGUUGAAGAGGAGGAGGUGGAGGAACAUUUUGAAGAGGAGGAGGAGGAGGAUCAUGUUGAAGAAGUGGAGGCGGAGAACCAUGUCGAAGAGGAGGAGGAGGAGAACCAUGUUGAAGAAGAGGAGGAGGAGAACCAUGUUGAAGAGGAGGACCAUGUUGAAGAGGAGAAGGAGGAAAACCAUGUUGAAGAAGAGGACCAUGUUGAAGAGGAGGAGAAGGAGAACCAUGUUGAAGAGGAGGAGGAGGAGAACCAUGUUGAAGAGGAGGAGGAGGAGAACCAUGUUGAAGGGGAAGAGGAGGAGAACCAUGUUGAAGAGGAGGAGGAGGAGAACCAUGUUGAAGAAGUGGAGGAAGAAGAUAGAGGAGAGGAGGAGGAGGACCAUGUUGAAGAAGUGGAGGAGGAAGAUAGAGGAGAGGAGGAUGUCAAAGAAAAUGGAGAUGUGGAGAACCAAAAUGGAGAACGAGACUGUGUUGGGGAGGAGAAGGAGGAAGGAGAAGAGAGGGAGGAGGAAGGAAGAGAGGAGAAACGGGAGGAGGAAGGUGAAGAAGAGGAGGAGAAGGAAGAAGGAGAGGAACAGGGGGAGGCAGAAGGAGAGGAAAAGGAGGAGAAAGAAGGAGAGGAGGGGGAGAAAGAAGAGGUUGAUGAGGAGAAAGAAGGAGAGGAGGGGGAGAAAGAAGAGGAUGAUGAGGAGAAAGAAGGAGAGGAGGGGGAGAAAGAAGAGGAGGAGGAGGAGGAUGAGGGGGAGGAAGAAGAGGAGGAUGAGGAGAAAGAAGGAGAGGAGGGGGAGAAAGAAGAGGAGGAUGAGGAGGGGGAGAAAGAAGAGGAGAAAGAAGUAGAAGAUGGGGAGAAAGAAGAGGAGGAUGAGGAUGAGGAGGAGGAGGAGGAGGAGGAGGAGGAGGGGAAGAAAGAAGGAGGAGAAUGAGAGGAAAAGGAGGAAGGUGAGAAAGAGGAAAGUUAAUUGGAAAUGAGAUUUAAAAAAUAAUAGAUAAAAGACAAGAGAAGCUAAAUCAGACCCAAUGGAGGAGUGAUGAGGAAGAGGAGGAGAGAUGAAGAAGAGGAGGAGAGAUGGAGGAAGAGGUGGACUAUAGACCCAGUGGAGGUCUGGAUGGACAGAGAUGGAGGAAGAGGUGGACUAGAAAGGACUCAUAAUGACAACGACUCCACUUCCACCUCCAGUUCUCUGUGUUUACAGGGUAAGCUAAGAGCACUACCUCCUGGGCCAUUAAGACCUGGACCCCUUGGCAGAGGCUCUACCUGUUACUGAACAGGGCGUUUACUGUACAACAGUACUGUACUACAGAACAGGGCACCAGGCUGAACUGUGGGACAAACAGAGGUUUGUGUUGCAGGUGUGAGGUAGCUAGCUAGUAAACAUUAUCCCACCAUGGAACAAAGUGAUGUCACCUGCCCUGACACCUGAGGCAGUGUCUGCCUCGCCCAACCAAGGCCAUGGGCUGUGUCCCAAAUGACAACCUAUUCCCUAUAUACUGCACAAAGGGCUCUGGUCAAAAGUAGUGUACCUACAUAGGGAAUAGGUUGCCAUUUGGAAUGCAGACGUUCAGUCUUCAUGAUCUAUAGCCUUUGUACAUGGACCACUGCCACCAGGGGGAUCCUUCUUUUAACAGCUCUUUUGUAGCAAUACGGACUAUUAAGACUGUAACACACACUGUGUAACACACAGUCACCCACCGGUCAGCACAUGCAAAACAAUAAACAAUGCUCUUUCGGGACUCCAUUGGACUAUUAAACAUGGAGAAGGGUGAAGUUGCCCCUAGACACUGAUCUUGGGUCAGUUUAACAUUGUCCCCCACUAAUGGUUAAUGUUAGGAUUGGGGGAGGGGGAAGCUGGUCCUAGAUCUGUACCUAGGGGAUUCUGGAGCAAGAACACACUGGAACACUUUGAAUAAUUUAUUUGGAUCCACAGUCUAGAGCAUCAAAGAAAGAAAAUAACCCAAUAUAGAGGUCAAAGGUCAUAUGGAUUCAUGCCAUCAUAGAGAUGUUAUUAAGAGAUCACAACAUUGUAUCUGUCCCAUUAUGGCGUCUGUGAGCGCACAGGCACUGCCACUGUGGCCAUCUCCAUUUUGAAGUAGUUCAUUUUCUUCUUUUACUACUUCUAUGAGUUGGAAAACAAACUGAAAGGGUACGUACUGCCCCCUGGAGUGUGUUAUUUAAACAGGUUUAAAGCCACGGUUGGCCUGCAGUUAUGGAAUGUUUGCUCACCAGUAUAAUUCAUUGGCUGAUGACCUCGAUGGAAUUAUGUGAUUCUUCCUUAACCCAGAGGAAGUCCCACCCAGUUGACUACUUCAAAAUGGUGAAAGUCCUCAAUGUUACUGCCCAUGUUAAAACAGGCUUUUGGGCACACUAAAAUAGAUAGAGAGUACUCUAUCUUGAUGCGACUUAUAGGCUGUCUCCCAAAAGGGCCCUGGUCAAAAGUAGUGCACUACAUAGGGAAUAGGGUGCCAUUUGGCACUCAGACAUGGAAAUACAGGUGUUGGUGUAUGUAUACUUCAUAUCUAAGAGACAUUUGUAACCCGAGACUGGAUUCAACUGGACUUUAUUUCUUCCAUUUUUGUCGGAAUUGAAAAAAAAAAUUGCAAAAAUAGAGGAACCUUCUGUA